AUGGAGCCUGAGGGUGCUGAGACUGAGCGUGCUACACCUGGAGGAGCUCUCUCCUCACAGCAGCUACGUGAGUGGUACUUACAGUACUGCAGCCUCAGGAGGGGUGCUUCUGGAGCUCGGAGUGCUGCUGGAGCUGGUGCUCGUGCUUCCCCUCCUAGACGGGAGCUGCCCUUUCCCCAGCGGCUCCGAGAGUGGUACGCUCGGCGCUGCAGUCUCCGGAGUGGCGCUCCUAGUGUCGCGGACCCUGGUGCUGGAGCUGCUGGCGGUACUACUGGCGCCGCUGGAGGUGCUGCUGGUGUUGGUACUGCUGGAGCUGCUGGAGGUGCUGCUGCUGCUGGCGGUGCUGCUGGCGCUGCUGGAGGUGCUGCUGGUGCUGGUGCUGCUGGAGCUGCUGGAGGUACUGCUGCUGCUGGCGGUGCUGCUGGCGCUGCUGGAGCUGCUGGAGGUGCUGCUGCUGCUAGCGGUGCUGCUGGUGCUGCUGGAGGUGCUGCUGGUACUGGUGCUGCUGGAGCUGCUAGAGGUGCUGCUGCUGCUAGCGGUGCUGCUGGUGCUGCUGGAGGUGCUGCUGGUGCUGCUGCUGCUGGUGGUGCUGCUGGAGCUGCUGGAGGCGCUGGUGCUGGAGCUGCUGGAGCCGCUGGUCCUGGAGGUGCUAGUACUAGCGGUACUGGAGCUGCUGGGACUGGGCCUACUGAGGGGGGUGGAGCUGGAGGUGCUGAGCGGCCGCGGCCGUACUACGUUCCGCUUCUUCAGCAGGUUCUUGACCUCCCUCCCUCUCCUGGUCCUCCUCCUCCCCUACUGAGUCCACCGCCUGUCCAGUCGCAGUCACAGUUACAGCCAGCCUCUCCACUGCCUGGUCCUUCUCCUUACGCUGAGCCGACGGGAGAGUCGCCUGUCCGCGCUGUCCGCGCUGGUCGUCGUGCUCCGCGUGAGCAUCCUCCUCCUGUCCUUGGCACUCACUACAUGACCCUGCGUCCUUCCACUGCUCCACAGCGUGUCCCACUGCCGUCUCCUCCUGCGUCCUCUCUUCCUGACGUUGCUGACCCGCCGUCAGACCUUACUCGUGCUGCCAGUCCUACUGCCGCGCGUCUCCUCGCUACUGUUGUCACUGACCCUACCUUUGAGUCCUCUGCUGCGUCUGCUCUAGUCGCUGAGCUUGUUGACUUUGCUGCCGCCUGUCGUCUAGACUACGCCGCUAGCCUUGUUGUUGAGUCUGAGUCUGAGUCUGUCUGUCCUCCGUCCGUCGGGGGUGAGUGUGCUCCUGGCACGGACGUCCUUGAGGACAGACAGGAGGAGUUUGAGUGCUUUGCCGCUGCUUUGCCUCAUCUCGUGUCCAUGCUAGUUGCCCCUGAGGGAGACCCGGAUGCACCAGACAUCCCGACCCCACGCUCUUACGCUGAGGCGAUGGAGGGUCUCUACUCCUCUCAGUGGCAGACAGCCAUGGACGCAGAGAUGGCUUCCUGGAAGUCCACAGGCACCUACGUCGACGAGGUUCCCCCACCUGGGGCGAACAUCGUCAGUGGCAUGUGGAUUUUCAGGGUGAAGCGGCCGUCGGGUUCUCCGCCUGUCUUCAAGGCGCGUUACAUUGCACGAGGCUUCAGUCAGCGAGAGGGAGUUGACUUCUUCCAGACCUUCUCCCCGACCCCGAAGAUGACCACUCUUCGGGUUCUGCUGCAUGUCGCCGCUCAGCGUGACUACGAGCUCCACUCUCUUGACUUCAGCACUGCGUUCUUACAGGGCAGCCUGCACGAGGAGAUCUGGCUGCGCCGCCCACCUGGCUUCACUGGGUCGUUCCCUCCUGGUACCCAGUGGAGCCUCCGGCGGCCAUUCUACGGUCUCCGCCAAGCACCCCGUGAGUGGCACGACACACUGAGGACUACUCUUGCUGCUCUUGGGUUUGCUCCUUCUACUGCUGACCCGUCGCUGUUUCUACGCACCGACACCACUCUGCCGCCGUUCUACGUUCUCGUGUAUGUAGACGACUUGGUCUUUGCUACUGCUGACACUUAG